AUAAUAAUAUGGCUGCAAGCACUGCUACCACAAGUAAUAAAGACAUUGCAUCUGAUAUUUCUGAUAAUCCUGUUAAUGUAAUUUGCAGUUUCUGUAAACAACAGUUUAGUAUAACUACAGCUACUGAUAACCUACGCAAAUAUCUUGACUCUAAACACCCCAGUUGGAAUACAAAUAAUCAAAUAUCGGGUCAACAGCUUCUUCUAUUCAUAUCUAAAAUUAUAAUUUCUAGACAAAUUUUAACAUCAACUCAAAAAGCUAAGCUAAAUAUGUUGAUUGCUGAAUGGAUUGUAUCUGAUACUUUACCUUUUUCUAUUGUAUCGA